AACUUUUUUAUAUACAAGGAUUUCCCCCUAAAUCAUAAAUUCACAAACUGGUCAUUAAUCAAAAUCCAGAAUGUUUUGCAGUUUUUGUGAUCAAAUAAUUUACUUCACUGGCUCUCAACUGGAACCAUCUAGAGUGUUUAAAAAAAAAAAAAAGAAAAGAAAAGAAAAAGAAAAACAUUACCUGGGCUCUGACCCAGACCUGUUAGAACAGAAUCUCCAGGGCAGCGUAUUAGAAGCAAAAGAAGAGUAAAAUACACAAUACUUUUGUCCUUAUCAGUGGGCCAAAGUCCUUUCAAGAGAGAGAUUAAAGUAAAUAUAGCUGAUUGGUUACCUUAUAAGCAUCACAUGUGGAAUUAGCAGUGAGUGUACAGAAGCUUUAGUCUCCAAACACACAGUUGUCUGAGAAGAGAACACUUCCAUGGAUCUACUUGUGGUUCUGGUGCUCUGUCUCUCCUGUUGGCUUCUCUUUUCUCUCUGGAAACAGAAUCCUGGGAAGGGGAAGCUCCCGCCUGGCCCUCAUCCUCUCCCUUUUAUUGGAAAUAUCCUACAGGUAGAUGUGAAGGACAUGGGCAAAUCUUUAUGCAAUCUCUCAAAAACCUAUGGCCCAGUUUUUACUCUGUAUUUGGGCAUGAAGCCUGCUGUUGUGCUGCAUGGAUAUAAGGCAGUAAAGGAAGCCCUGAUUGAUCUAGGAGAACAGUUUUCUGCAAGAGGAAGUUUCCCAUUAGCUGAAAGAGUUAAUAACGGACAUGGAGUCCUUUUCACCAAUGGAAAGACAUGGAAGGAGAUGCGCCGCUUCUCCCUCCUGACCCUGCGGAAUUUGGGGAUGGGGAAGAGUGAACUUGAGAGCCGAGUUCAAGAGGAAGCCUACUACCUGGUAGAAGAGUUGAGAAAAACCAACGCCUUACCCUGUGACCCCACUUUUGUCCUGGGCUGUGCUCCCUGCAAUGUGGUCUGCUCCGUUAUUUUCCAGAAUCGUUUUGAUUAUACAGAUCAGAUCUUAAUUGGCCUCCUGGAAAGAUUUAAUGAAAACUCCAAGAUUUUGAGCUCCUCAUGGAUCCAGAUCUACAAUAGUUUCCCUGCUCUCAUUGAUUAUCUCCCAGGAAGUCAUCGAAAAAUAUUUAAAAAUUUUACUCGUACAAAAAAUUAUAUUUUGGAGAAAAUGAAAGAACACCAAGAAUCCUUGGACAUUAACAAUCCUCGGGACUUCAUUGAUUAUUUCUUGAUCAAAAUAGAACAGGAAAACCACAAACAGCAGUUGGAAUUCACUUGUGAAAACUUGGUAGCCACUGCAAGCGAUUUGGUUGGAGCUGGGACAGAGACAACAAGCACCACGCUAAGAUUUGCAAUUCUGCUCCUGCUGAAAUAUCCAGAAGUCACAGCUAAAGUCCAGGAAGAGAUUGACUGUGUAAUUGGCCGACACCGGAGACCCUGCAUGCAGGACAGGAGCCGCAUGCCCUACAUGAAUGCAGUGUUGCAUGAGAUCCAGAGGUACAUUGACCUUGUCCCGGUCAACCUGCCUCAUGCAGUGACCCAUGAUGUUAAAUUUAGAAACUAUGUCAUUCCCAAGGGCACAACCAUAUUAAUAUCACUGACUUCUGUGCUACAUGAUGACAAAGAAUUCCCCAACCCAGAGAAAUUUGACCCUUCCCAUUUCCUGGAUGAUAGUGGCAACUUUAAGAACAGUGACUACUUCAUGGCUUUCUCAGCAGGAAAACGGAGUUGUAUGGGAGAAAGCCUGGCCCGUAUGGAGCUGUUUUUAUUCCUGACCUCCAUUUUACAGAAUUUUACCCUGAAACCUCUGGUCGACCUAAAAGACCUUGACACCACCCCAGUCGCCAGCGGGUUUGGACAUAUCCCACCUCCCUACCAGCUUUGCUUUAUUCCUUUGUGAGGAAGGGCAGACCAUCCGGCUGCUGCUGUGCUGUUGUAACUCCUCGUCCUCUUGGGUGUCACCCGCCUCCUUCUCACUAUUUGGGAUGCUUUCUCUGACCUCUCACCUCAUAUUUCCUCGUUG